CCUUAUCUAGCCGUUGAGACAAAACUCUCUCUCUCUCUCUCUCUCUCUCUCUCCUAAUCUGUAAUAAUGGGAAAGCUUCUUUGCGAUUCAACGGCGACAUUGCAAUCUCCGUCACCGACCGUCCAAUGGAGAGAACCCCCGACAGCCUCCGCACCUCUCGACGACGUGGAUCUCGUCGACCAAUCCACCGCAGCCGCCGCCGUCGAAGCGGUGGAGAAAACCAUGUCCGCCGCCGCCGCCGCUACCACCGCGUGGGACGAGGUCUACGGUCUCGAGGAGCAGCAAAGACGGCACCUUCAGCGUCUCCACGCGAUGGGCGUGCUGUGGAAGCAUCCGGGAAAAGGACAAACCUCGUCGCCGCCCGUCGUUUUCCGCCUCUCUCACGGCGGAGAGGUCUCAUCCGACGGGAACUGCCUCUUCACCGCGUCGCAGAAGGCCAUGGGGGCGUGCGGGAUCGACGCUCGGGAUCUACGGCGGAGGACCGUGCGGAGGUUUUUGGAGGAUUUCGGAUCCGCGGGAGAGGUGGAGAAGGAGGCUAUCGGGGAGGCGAUUAGGCAUAUGUACUCGCCGGAUCUGAAGAGUGGGUGGGGGAUUCAUAUAGUCCAGGAGGAGAAGCUGCUCGCUAAGAAGGACGAGCGUGAGAGUCUAGAUUCCGCCAUUGAAGAGCUCAUGCAGAUCGGAAUGCAAAGAGAAACAGCUGCAGAGUCGAUCUACAGAGAGAGGUGUCUACCGGUGAACGAUGGGCCUAGUUGGGCCAAGUACAUGUCGAUAUCAGGGUCAUCAGAAGACGAGCAUGAUAUCAUCACCUUGCAGUAUACAGAAGAUGGUUUGUUAUCUGUAGAUGAGAAUAGACAAGGGCAUGCAGCUGCUUUUGGGGAUGACAUUGCGAUUGAAUGUCUCGCCACAGAGUUCAAACGAGAAAUCUAUGUGGUGCAAGCGCAUGGGGCAGAUGGUAUGGUGGAGGAAGAGAACUGUGUGUUCUUCCUUCCUCACAAACCGAGAAGUGAGGUCAUUGAAUCACCACUCUUCCUAUUCAUGAAAGGCACAGGUUGGUGUGGUGGUGGAGCAGAUCAUUACGAGCCAUUAAUAGCAAACGCAUCUCCAAUGAUAUCUCAUGAGAAAGUCGCCCUCGUUUUGUGAUUCUGAGCUUCUCCAAGAUCAUCUCUUUGGAGGUUUUUUUGAUAGUUUUGUUGUUGUUGUUGUUGGUAGAAAGAGAAUCAUGUUAGAGAGAUUUGAAUUUUGUGCAGGCUAUUGGCCUGCGAGUUAAGCUUCUUCUUACCACAUUUGUAGUAGUGUUUUGAGAGAGUAUUCAUUGUCAUUGUUUGUUCGUUAUUGAGGGAAGAGAAGUCUAUAUCUUUU